GGCAGACGAGGGCGCUGUUUCAACAAAACAAACUCGCUUCUACUGUCCGUGCUGUAGAAGAAGAUCUACUUGCGACUCAAAAUGGCUUUGAGAGCUGCUCUGAGAGGUCUCCUCUCCUGCAGCAGUCAUGGCAGGUUAUGUGCGUCCUCCAUUUCCUUCAGUCAAAGGAACAACUCCAGCUCAGCCCACCUCAAGGUGGAUCAUGACCAAACUACAGGCGUGGCCGUGAUGCACAUGCAGAGUCCUCCGGUCAACAGCCUCAGUCUAGACUUCCUCACAGAGAUCUGCAUCACCUUGGAGAAGCUGGAGAUGGACAAAGGCUGCCGAGGCCUCAUCAUCACCUCGAGCCAGCCCAAGGUGUUCUCCGCCGGCCUGGAUAUCCUGGAGAUGUACGGGAAGAGCCCGGAGCGCUGCGGAGAGUUCUGGAAGGCCGUGCAGGAGAUGUGGCUGAAGCUUUACGGCUCCAACAUGGUCACCAUAGCAGCCAUCAACGGCUCCAGUCCUGCAGGCGGCUGUCUGAUGUCGAUUACGUGCGACUACAGGAUCAUGGCGGACAACCCUCGUUACAGCAUCGGGCUGAACGAGACCAUGUUGGGCAUAGUGGCACCUUUUUGGUUUAAAGAGACCAUGGUAAACACGGUGGGCCACCGGAACACAGAGAUAUCUCUGGAGCUAGGGCUGCUCUACAAGCCUGCUGAGGCCCUGAACAUAGGACUGGUGGAUCAGCUGGUGCCUGAAGACCAGGUCCUCUCUGCUGCCACUCAGACCAUGACCAAGUGGCUGGCCAUUCCAGAACACGCCCGACAGAUCACCAAGUCCAUGAUGAGGAAAUCAACGAUUGAAAAACUGCGUUCCAACAGAGAGGCCGACAUCCAGAACUUUGUCAACUUCAUCACAAAAGAGUCCAUCCAGAAGUCACUGCGCAUGUACAUGGAGAUGCUGAAACAGAAGAAGGCCUAGGGUUCACAGUCUCUCACACACACACAGAAUAACUGAAUGCAGAACUUUAUAGCUCAUCUUUGUGUGUUCCCAUGGGAACGACCCAAGAAUUAAAUACAGCAAAGGUCUGAAGGGUUUAUUGUACGUAAAACACACCUUCAUUGGUUUUUGCUCUGAUUUUCUAUCAUCUUGAUUUAAAAAAAAAAA